AAGACGUGGCUAAGGUAGGUGCCCUCUUGGCCUGCUGUGAUCAGGUGGAGUUUGGCCGCGUGGCUCCCCAAUCGAUGAAGGUGGGGCUCAGCAGUCGCCAAUCCCACCGUCAGUGCGCGGCACGACCACUGAGAGUGCUGAGCCGCGGCGGCGUCGCGCGAAUCGCGUAACCAACCAGCCCGCAUGUCCACCAAACUGCGAAACCUCGCAAAUCCAACUUGCGGCACCCGUCUUUGGCCCAUCCACUCCUCUUAGCUAGAUCCCUCUGCCGGAUCCCUUGCCGCUGUUUGGCUUUCUCCUGCUUUGCUUCGGAAUUGCUGCGGCCCGGCAGUUGAUGGACCCGGACUCGACGUCGAUCUCUCAUCGGUUCGACCUUGGACCCCUCCAGGACAAACAUCCCGCGACACUCGCGUCUUCGGCUUCCAACACGGCCCUCAACCUGUAUCGCGGAAAGAUGAACGAUAUAGGCAUUCCGACAAGAGGAGCGUCCCAGGAAGGGCAACUGCCCGCUGCAGUUGACGCGACUUUCCCGCGCGUCGACUCCCUUGGCGGCGAUUCCAGGUCGCGAUAUCAAUCUGCGGGUCUACCCAUAGACAAUGCCCAGUCGGCCGGCUAUACAACGUCGGGCUUCUCCGAGCAGCGUCCUAUCGCUGGCGAGAACGGUCUGCCUCAAUUGCCACAGCUACGACAGCUUGGUUUUUCCCGCAGUGAUUCUCAAGGCACCAACACCACGGAUGAUGCCGACCGCGUGUUUACACCCCCCACAAGCACAGGGAGAUUGAGUCCUGGUACGGGCACUGCGCAUAACUCGAGCCAGGAAUCUCAGCUACUGCAGCUCUCCCAGAUUGCCGCAGCGCAAGAGAGGAUACCGGAAGACGCGGCAGACGGAAACGGCGCCUCCUCGAGGAAGAGGAUGGCCGACGGCAUGGUCAAGCAGCCUCGCGACAAGUCAUCUACGUCGCCGGGUCAACUGGCUGGUCACUCAAGGAAUACCAGCACUGUCAGUGUCGCUUCAACCGCGGGGAGCCGCAUCGGGGAGCUGUCUGCUGAACUGAAAACCCGCCUGUCGUACGCCAUGGUCAAGGUCAACCACGGCUGGCAAUCCCACUCUAUUGACCAAGUCGAGACUCUGGCCUCUCAAGCGGCCUCUCCAGCUUCCAGCACAUCAACAAUACACCUGAGAAACGGGUCCUCGGCAAGCCCUCGGCUGUCUGGUGUAUCUCAUAGAGGCAGCAAUAAUACCACACCAGCCAUGCCACCACAACACCUCUCAAGUCGCGCGGAUGCCCAGUGGAGAGAAUCACCUCAUUCCACUUCACGGGGCAGCUCUGCGUCACCCGUCAAGACUACCCACGGCCUGGCGCCACCGGUAUCUAUCCAGCCGGCCCAGAGUGUAAACCAUCUGCGCAGGGGAUCCAUUCCGCGGCAUGGAUCUGCGUUUCUCUCAGAGUCCCUUCAGGCUUCUCCGCAUGCGGGGCCACACACUCCAAGCCCAUACCUAGGUACCGGCCAUCACAGGACCAUGGCUGACGGCAUCUUUGUCUCGCCCCACACAAAUGUCCGCGAGCAAGAAGCCGUCGAGUCGCUCCUGUUUAUGAGCAGCCCAGGCAACCAGGCCCAUCUUAAGCAGCACGGAUUCCCCAGCUUAUCCUCACAGCCGCUCCCGUCGGGCCAUAACGCGCCGCAACAACAACGGACAGCGCUGCCGACCUCACAGCCCCGGAAAAGCCUACCGACAGGGAGACCCACGCAUCAUGCCCGCUCCCAGUCACACACACAAAAGCGGGUGGGAUUCGAAAAGUCGCCGAUGGACAUGGAUAUCGACGAGCCGCCGUUAUCCAGGGGCACCCCGCGGAAACGGAUCAAUGGUGGCGGGGGUGGUUAUGGUGGGGGCGGUGGUGGAGAAAUGCAGCCGCCGGUCCCCCGGCUGAAGCACAUGCCCGUCUCGGCCGGGCUGACCGUGUCCUCCAAGCCACGGCCGGCCCUGGCAGACGAGGAUAUUGAUCGCAUGCUGGACCGGGCUGCGGCGGCUGAUGAUUCGGAUUCGGAUGGCGAGAUCCAUAUACCGACGGCGGCGGCGGCGCAAAGGGCGCGCCGGGACGGCGCGAGCGCGAAUGCGAAUGCGAAUGCUGUUGGUGCCUGAGGCCGGCUGUAGUACUCGGCUGUGGGGUCCGGGGCAGAAGAUGGCUUCGCCGGUGAAACCUGACAACCUUGUGCGGGUCACACUACCUACCACCUGCAGAAGGUCAUAAGCGAGUGUUGUCAUCCCCUCGUUCGGUUAUCGGGAAUGCGGAGCCAGCGUUGGUGUUUGGCAUAUGUUUCCAACAUUUACACGCACGAUUUUUACGGGUUGGCCAUGGCGGCAGCUGUCCAUUCCCUGUCCCUGGGGUUUUGAGGAUUGCCAGCAAGAGACGUGCUGGUGCUUGCACGCGUAUUAUCGAGCUGCAUUUGGAUUGGCGUUUGGGUUUUGUUACCUCUCUGGAUUGCGCCCGCCAUUUUUUUGGGUGUCUGUAUAUAAUCCUGCAUGGCGAUAGCGCGGC